UUACAACAUCAAUCCCCGCCGGCUGAGCUUCAGUAACCAUCUCGGCAUCCCCCUCUUUCGACGCACCCGCACCCUUCCUGAACUUGAGCACCUUCCUACGAUUCCAGCCGCGAGAAGUACCCGCUCCCCUUACCCUCUACCCUCCUCCCCGGGCCCUGCAGGCCAAGCCGCUCGAGCGCCGCGAUAUCCAGCGUGUCCCUGGAGUCUGGAAGGCAGUGGCGCACGCAAAGGCUCGCAGAAACAGUAACGUACAGACCGCCGGGUGCCAGCGAGUCUGGGGUGAGGGAGAAUGAGCGCCUGGUGCAGCUGCAAGACGGCGAGAUGCCGCAUGCAGUGCACGCUAAGCCGACUAUCACACGGUGCUUCGAGAAUCGAGACCGUGUCCUGAGGCGCCGGGGAUACUCCGAUGCGCGACACCCGGAACAGCAGUUCGAAUCGAGACGAGACGGGUCGAGUAGAGCUCUCGUCUCGUUUGUCGAAAUGCACAGUGCAGGUCCCAGCGACGACCCCCGACCUCACGUCUCGUCCUCGGAGGUACUUUGUGCGGUAUUGAAAAGAGGUCGCGACGGCCAGCGGAUAUCGACUCGGCAGCAGGACAGGGGGGUUCUGUCGUGCCAGCAGCGGCGACGACGCGACGAGUUGCGUGCCUCGCCAGGAUUCGGCGUCUUUCGCUGCCCGGACCGGAAUGCACGCUCGCAACGCAUCUCAACUCUAGACUACAGGAAAAAGAGAAUAACACCGCACCGCACGCAAGCCCGCACCUUGAACGCUGCGAUCUGCACGUCGACGUCGACGUCCCGGAUGCAGUGUCGUCGCUCUACCAAGCCUUUGGGAUCUUUGCGGAGAGUUUUAAUCGUGGUCGCUCGCUUUGCCCACUGCGCCGGGUCUGAGAUCUUGCGGCUUGCCGAGGCGGGGAUUACCAUCGGGGCACGGCUGAUGUCAUGGCCGCGAUGCGAGGGCAAAUAUGCCACAUCAGCGGUGACCGUGUGGGCUGGGCAAGCGACAGAUAUACAGGUGACAGGAUCAGAUACUUCGUAGACAGGUCGGAUGGUCCGAGGUACAUACAAGGUCCAAGCGAGUUGUUUGACGUCCGCAAGCGUGCGCCCUGUGCGAUUGCAGAGGCGCCACCUGCGUAUGCCUCGAGAACGCGACCGGUAUCCGCUCCUCUGGGUCGUGCUCAGCUCACGCAGUUAUUGCCAAGUGUGUUUGCAGGUAUCGAUUGAUAAUAUCUAUCCCCUAAUAAUGACAUGCAAGUGUCCGCAGGCACGUUCUAUGCAAAAUACCACCCACGGCCAUCACCUUUAUGCAACAUACCGCGACACGGCUAUAACCAGGCUGGCCGCUGAUAUCCUUGCCACAGCUCGCUCUUCUAGUGUUGGCGCUGCCGUAUCGUUUUCGCUUCUCG